CUGUUUUAUCAAGUCCGGUGAGCUGCCUUCUAAUCCCGAGUCCGGGUUUGCUUACUUAUCGCCGAUUCCACAGGUGUCUGACUAACCAGUCCAGAGUCAUCAUUCGUAACCGUUCAACUCCGAAUGCUUCUCAGAGUUUUAUCUACCAAACAAAAGUUUGGUAGUUCAAAUCUCCCUAACAUCGCCAUUGUCGCUGCUCGUUUCCUUCACAGCACAGGUUUCUCAGGGAAGGGCAAGAUAAUGGUUGAGAAUACUAACAACCAUGUCACGCGUGUGCUAUUUUGUGGGCCUUAUUUUCCCGCUUCUCACAACUAUACAAGGGAAUAUUUGCAGAAGUAUCCAUUUAUUCAGGUUGAUGAUGUCCCCCUUGAUGAUGUGCCAAACGUUAUUGAUAAAUAUCACAUUUGUGUUGUGAAAAAUCGACGCAUAGAUUCAAAUGAUAUUGCUCGUGCAACUCAGAUGAAGCUUAUAAUGCAAUUUGGGGUUGGCUUGGAAGGAGUUGAUGUUAAGGCUGCUACUGAUCAUGGAAUUAAAGUUGCUAGGAUUCCUGGCAAUGUUACUGGAAAUUCAGCAUCAUGUGCAGAAAUGGCCAUAUAUCUGAUGUUAGGUCUCCUGCGGCAACAAAAGGAGAUGGAAAAUGUCGUGAAACAGAAAAGGUUAGGGGAGCCUGCUGCAGAUACCCUUUUUGGAAAAACAGUCUUCAUUAUGGGAUUUGGAAAUAUCGGGAAUGACUUGGCUAACCGCUUGCGACCAUUUGGUGUUAAAAUCCUUGCAACAAAGCGAAGUUGGCAAGUAAAAUCUCGAGAUUCUUCUCUAUCAAACGGUUCCCCGGCUUUGGGUAUGGAACACGAUGACAUUGGAGGUCUGGUUGAUAAGAAGGGUGGUCCAGAAGAUCUAUAUGAUUUUGCCCAGGAGGCCGACAUAGUUGUGACUUGCUUGCUUAUGAACAGUGAAACAGCUGGCAUAGUGGACAAGAAAUUCGUUUCCGCAAUGAAAAAGGGUGCUAUGUUGGUUAAUAUUGCUCGAGGUGGUCUCCUGGAUUAUGAUGCUGUUAAGUCCCACCUUGAGUCAGGUCACUUGGGUGGCCUUGGCAUUGAUGUUGCAUGGACUGAGCCCUUCGAUCCAGAUGAUCCGAUUUUGAAGCUUCAAAAUGUUCUAAUCACCCCCCAUGUUGCUGGAGUAACGGAAUAUUCGUACAGAGCUAUGGCUAAGGUUGUUGGCAAUACUGCACUUGAACUUCAUGCGGGAACUCCAUUGACAGGAGUGGAGUUUGUGAACUGAAUGAUUAACAAGCAGACCAAUGGACCCUGAAUGCAACCCUAUUUAAACUUAGAAAUGUAUUAAAAUUGGACCAUUAUUGUGUUCUCUCUCUGUCUCCAAAUCCUAGGUCGGCCAAAUCAGCAUUUGAUGCUUACGUUUUCAAUUCCUUGUUAGACUAUUUUGAAUACCUAACUUUCUAUUCAUUCAUUUCACACCACCCAAAGUCCCACCCACACAUUGUACAAGUGGGUCCCACAUCCAAAACCCACCAUCUCUAUUCUCUAUAACUACUUCAAGACCUCAACCAAUACAAGGUAGUAGCACUGAGGGGUCUAUAUUUACCCUCCCCACAUCCACUUCUACUACAUUUUCUGCAUUAAAACUUUUGAAUUAGGUAGAUAGACAAGGAGCUUACAGAGAAAGAGAUAUGAAUAAGUACUCAAAGAUCAGAGUUGUUAGGACCACUAAAUCAAGAUCAGUAGAUUUUUCAGAUCUUAUUUCUCCAUAUCAAAAUCCUAAGCCUACUACAAACACAAUUCAGCCUGAAUUCAACUGCAAAGCUCAACAGACAAGAACACAAGGUAACACAAACAGCAACAGAAACAAGGUUCUUGAUUCCACUUCAAAGAAGCAGCAGCAACAACAGCAUGAAAGUGAUGUUGAUCUUGAUGGCGAGCAAUUUGGUGUUAUUUUGAGUAGAAACUACUCAGUUUCUUCAUUUUCAAGUUCAAAAACUCAAAACUUUGGGAUUACAUCAGAGUAUGAUAAGAAACCCACAAUUCAGUGUGCAGUGAGAAGGGUUUUCUCAAUGAGAAAAUCUUCAGCAGUUGCAGAAGAUUAUUGUAGAAUUCAUGACCAAUUUGAUCCAAUUACAUCACCCAUUGCUAAUGGAGAUGAUGAUAUUCAUCAAUUUCAUAAUUAUCACACUGGAUCCAAGAAGAAAAAGAAGAACAAUAAGAGCAAGAUCCUAAAAGUAUGUAAGAGUUUUUUAGGACUUUAAUCCCUUGAUUUCUUUUGUUAUUAUUAGUAUACAUAUAUAAUGAUUUAAGUAUUUUGUACUUUGUCAUUGGUGAUGCUUUUAAGGUGAAGUUUAUGAGUUCACAAGUGGAUUAUCAAAAGCAUUAGGUAGUCAUUAGGCUCAUUACAAUUAAUAGUUAUAAUAAUUGUGGUAAAACUUUUUGUAAAAUUAAAGGUUUUU